AUGGCCGCAACAUCCAUGGCCGCGGCCCUCGCCGCCUCCCUACCCGCACCUCAGUCUGCCCCCACACCCAGUGCACCCUCUUAUGAAGCCAUCCCUGCGUCGAUGGCGAAGGUGGUCGACAUCGAGGGGGAAAUCCCAGUCACGAGUGUGCAGCUCGACGCUAUGGUGGUGUCGAAGAUCGUGAAGCACGCACGAGAGGCACCAGGAUCUUCAGCGCAUGGGCUGGUGCUCGGUCUGGACCUCGACGGCACCAUUGAGAUUUCCAACUCAUUUGCGCUCCCUCACUACACCAACGAUGAAGACGACAAGUCCUCCAAGGGCGUUGCACGGUAUCAGGCGUCGAUGCUGCGCUCGCUGAAAGAGGUCCAGGCGGACGACAGCGUGAUCGGGUUUUACCAGGGCAUGACCCUCGGAUCGUUUUUCAACCAGACGUUGGUUGACACCCAAGCCAUACACCAAGACAAGCUUCGGCAUGGUGGCGUCGUAAUUGUGCACGACAUCUCGCAAACCGCACGCGGAAAUGCUGCGUUCAGGGCGUUCCGCCUCACAAAGGCCUUCCUCAGCGCCUACAAAAAGAGCAACUUUAGCAGCACGAGCCUCAUCGACCACCGACUCACGUUCUCGAAGAUCCUCGAGGAGAUCCCACUCAAGAUUCGGUCGAAUGCGCUUGUGAGCGCGUUCCUGGGCGAACUCGGUGACGAACCCGGCGCUGGCCGCAGUUCGGCAGCGAUCCCGCCGUCGUACUCGAGACUGGACCUCGGGACAGCGAACAUGCCGCGGAACCUGGAGCUGAUCGUGGAGGCGCUGGACCACUACAAGACGGAGGAGGGGAACCUGGCGUACCUGCAGCGGCAAAUUGCGCGCGAGAAGUCGAAGGCAGACGCGUAUGUGGCGAAGCGCAAGGAGGAGAACGCGUCGCGGGUGGCCGCGGGCCUGGCGCCGCUGCCUGAGGAGGACGUGAGCAGGCUGUUCAAGAUCCCGCCGGAGCCAAGCCGGCUGGAAAGUCUUAUGCUGCUCGGGCGGAUCGACGCGUACGGCCGGAGUCUGGAGGAGACGGCGAGCACGGGUGUGGUGAAGAUGUACGCGGCGAAGGGCAGCGCUGGGAACUGA